AUGAAGAUAGCGGGCGGGCUGACCGUUAUUCUGUUGCUUGGGGCCCUCGAACCGUUGCAGGCUCUGAGCACACCACUCGGGAAGGUAGAUGGGGGAGUUGGUGUUGCCUAUAACAAGAAAAAAGGCCUCCAAUUGGAACAAAAAGACAAUAAAGCCACUGAAUCACACAAACGCUCUGAAGUAGGAGGCAAUUCCCAUGCUACUGGAUCUGAUGGCAGCGUAACCGACUCGGAAUUCAACAAAAGUCAUCAAGAAGAUAAAAAGGACGAAACAAAAAAUACGAGGAAACUAAGCAUUGGUGGCGAAGAUGGCGGACUGAAUUAUGCCCAAACCAAAGAAACCUCGGGAACAUCGCAGCAGACAGACGAAGAAACGUCCAGGAUUAGACAAAAACAAGAAGAAUCAGGGAAUGGGUAUAAUUACAACAGAGAAAGUGAAAAUGAAGACAAGAAUAAACAAGUUAAAGAAGAGUCCUAUGAAAAGAAGGAGUCUAGUGGAUUUCGGCUUGGGAAAGAUGGUUUCCAGAAAGGGAAAACAGAAUCUUCUGAAAAGUUAAAAACUUCUGAAACAAACGAACGUAGUAGCAGCAACCGAGAAUUAGAAGAAGAAAGUAUACAAAAUGGUGAUAAAAGGAUUUAUAAAAAAAGAAGUUCAGACGCCAAAGACGAAGUCAAAAACUCCAGUAGCAGUGAAACUAGCAGAAAAUUUAGUUCAGACGGAGGAGUUAAAAAUGCUGAUUCUGCAAAAGCUGGAGAAGACAAUCUUAGCGGCAGCAAUGUCUACGACCCAAGUAAACUUAGAAGGAAACGAAAUACUAUUUAUACAUCUAGAAACGGAAACUAUGAACAUAAGCAGGAAGAUCACCUAUCCAAUUACAACUCUGAACAAGGUCACCUAAAACAUAACAAUGAACAACAUAAAUCAUCUACUAAUGAAAAUUACGGUGCUCAAAAAAAUAUUAAUAGAGAGCAUGGAAAUGAAAAAUCUGCACACCACACCAAUUACGGCUUCGAAAAAAGUCACCUGACACAUGAUAAUGAAAAUCAUGGAUCAACUAAUGAAAAUUACGGCGCACAAGAAAAUAAUAUUAAUAGAGAGAACCAUGAAUUUUUAGGACUACAGCAUGGAAAUGAAAAUGCUGCACACCACACCAAUAACGGCUUCGAAAAAAGUCACCUGACACAUGAUAAUGAAAAUCAUAGAUCUACUAAUGAAAAUUACGGCGCUCAAGAAAAUAUUAAUACAGAGAACCAUCACUUUCUAGGACUACAGCAUGGAAAUGAAAAAGCUGCACAUUACACCAAUAACGGCGUCGAAAAAAGUCACCUGACACAUGAUAAUGAAAAUCAUAGAUCUACUAAUGAAAAUUACGGCGCUCAAGAAAAUAUUAUUAGAGAGAACCAUCAAUUUUUAGGACUACAGCAUGGAAAUGAAAAUGCUGCACAUUACACCAAUAACGGCGUCGAAAAAAGUCACCUGACACAUGAUAAUAAAAAUCAUAGAUCUACUAAUGAAAAUUACGGCGCUCAAGAAAAUAUUAAUAGAGAAAACCAUCAAUUUUUAGGACUACAGCAUGGAAAUGAAAAUGCUGCACAUUACACCAAUUACGGCUUCGAUAAAAGUCACCUGACACAUGAUAAUGAAAAUCAUAGAUCUACUAAUGAAAAUUACGGCGCUAAAGAAAAUAUUAAAAGAGAAAACCAUCAAUUUUUAGGACUACAGCAUGGAAAUGAAAAAGCUGCACAUCACACCAAUUACGGCUUCGAAAAACGUCACCAGACAAACGAUAAUGAAAAUCAUAGAUCUACUAAUGAAAAUUACGGCGCACAAGAAAAUAUUAAUAGAGAAAAAAAUCAAUUUUUAGGACUACAGCAUGGAAAUGAAAAUGCUGCACACCACACCAAUAACGGCUUCGAAAAAAGUCACCUGAUACAUGAUGAAGAAAAUAUUAAUAAGGAAAACCAACAAUAUCUAGGACUUAAACAUGGAAAUGACAAUAGUGAAUUCAAAAACAUACACCGAACAGAUAAAGUUAAUCACUUUUCUGGAAAUGAACAUUACGACUUUAAUCAUGGCAGGUACGGGUUCAAAGAAGGGCAUCAGUAUUCUCCUAGUGUCUAUAACCGUGAACACGAAUCUAAUAAUGGAAAUUACAAUCUUAAUCGUAGAAACUCUAAUCACUAUACUGUAAAUUCAGGCAGUGAAAAAAUUAGACAUGAAAACCAUAGAUCUGAAUCAGCUUUUCACUAUUCAGAGAAACCGUCUGUAAAUCUAAGGAAUACUGAAAACGCUAAUGAAUAUUACGGCUAUAGAAACUACGGGUCCAUUAAUGACAAUUACAAGGAAUCAAAUCUACAUUCAGGAAAUGCAAAUCAACAGUCUGACAGUUUAAGAAAUGGGAAUAGUAAUGACAACUAUGAACACAGAAACGGUAAGGUUUAUUUGACAAAUCCAGGUACAGAAUAUUACAGAUCAAACAACGGUGAAAGCAAAAAUCUGUACGCUACGUACGUUGGUUCAGAAAGCAAUAGAAGUAAUAGACAAGGUCAGACAUUAAAACACUAUAGUAGUUCUGAAAACGGUAACCUUGGAUAUAGAGGCAGAAGCUAUAGAUUAGGAAAUAAAAAUUAUGGAUCCGUACCUCUAAGGAACGACAAUUCUAGAAUAAUAAAUAAUGCCAGAAACUACCUAUAUGGCCGUAGAAAUUAUGGAAAUAGGCAAUACAGGUUUGGAAAUGGAUUUAAUGGAAAUAAUGCAAAUACAGGAAUUUCUCAUCUAGGUAGACUAGAAAGUGGUGACCAACAAGUCAAAACGGUCCGCUAUCGGUCCGGAGUCAAACAUGAAGAUGUGCGUAGAUUUUUAAGCAACAAUGGCCAACGGAUAUCUAAUGAAUACCAAAGAUUUAAUACUGGUAAUCACAUACGACAUUAUGAACCUUAUUAUACUGGCUACCGUCCAGCCAGUAACGGUUAUUUAAGGAAAUAUGGAGCUUAUAAUAAUCAAGUUGUUAAGCAUGGAGCGAUCGAUCUCCAUCAUUUAGUUGACGACACUCACUAUUCGACUGGUAAUGGACGAUAUGUUUUGAAACAUGGCAAGAAUGGAAAUAAUUACCGCUACUAUGAUACACUAACUGGUCUCCACUUUGAUAUACGUAAGAUUCGUUUACACGGUGGGAAAAAUGUGAUCGUACCUGGCAACUCUGCUAACCACCCUCCAAAUAAUGGACAACCGGGAGUUGAACAUGACAACUCUGGACAAGGACUUGAUUUAGGAUUUGGUAUCUUCUAUAUCGGUGGAAGAAACUAUAGACAUCAAGAUCAAAUUAUACCUGCGUCCAAGAUUGAAGUAUACCUAAAAACUUUAGGUAUAUCUGGUAUUUCUUUAACUUCAGAUGGACUUCCUUUAGGACUUAGUGGUGGACAUUUCCCUCUUAAUCUUGGAUCCGGGCUUACUUACCAAGGUGAUGGGACUUAUAAAUAUCAGGAUUUCAUCAUAGCUCAUGAUAAAAUAAUUGAGUUCUGCAAAUCUAAACACAUUAAUAAGGUAUCAUUCACUAAAGAUGGCUUCCCAGAAGACCUUUUCAAUGGUAGCUUAGACAGUAUAUUUAAAACUCAUUUAAAAUUACCCAUUGAUCUUGGAAAUGGAUUAGAAUUUAUUGGAAAUGGUCACUAUAAAUGGAAGGAUCAAAUAAUUCCCACCACCAAAAUUGUUCAAGUUAUCAAAGAGCAUAACUUAGACAUUGAGAUUACAAAAGAAGGAUUACCGCUUACACUAUUUAAUGGAGCUUUGGCCAUCAACUUUGGCAGUACUGUUGACGGUAAUGUUGAUUCUAAGGAGGACGACCUUCUUAAUCCACAUGGAAUUUUCCCUUAUGAUGUUGGGUCUAAUAUUUAUUAUGACGGUAAAGGCAAUUAUAUUUACAAAAAUAUUACAAUACCUAGGAGCAAUAUAAUUGAAUUCUGCAAAUCCCAUGACCUCACAAAAGUAUCUUUCACGGAUGAUGGUUUUCCCUCAAGUCUUUUUAAUGAAAUUGAACACGGUGAUAUUGGACAUACUUGGAAGUACCCUAUAUAUCUUGGUGAUGAUUUAUAUUACAUCGACAAUGGCCAUUACAAGUACAAAAAUCAAAUCAUUCUUGCUAGCGAUAUCGGCGAGUUUAUAAAAACAAAUAAAAUAAACGUUCACAUUACAAAACAAGGAUUGCCAUUAGGUGUUUAUUUUGGUAGCUCAGAUAAUGUAUUUAGUCCAGAUGAAAAAGAUGACGUAGGACAUGAAAGUGAACCAAUAAAUCACCAUGAAGGUUACCCGUUACACCUUGGAUCUAAACUUUUCUAUCUCGGUAACGGUAGUUAUAUCUACGAUAGCAACGAAAUAAUCGACAGUAAGGAUAUUAUUGAAUUUUGUAAAUCUCACUCAAUCACCGACAUAAUAUUCACAAACGAUGGAUUCCCUUCUGAUGUAUUCAAAAAUAUUAAAGAUGGUGGAUCUGAACCACAUCGUAAAUUCCCUAUUAAUCUUGGAGACGAUCUAUUAUACUAUGAAUGUGGUCAAUAUAGACACAAAAAUAAAACUAUUCCUGUUGGAGGUAUCGUAGAAUACAUAAAAGAGAAUGAGUUGAAUGUGUCGGUCACAGAUUAUGGCUUACCUUUACAAUUUGUAGCAGAAAACUUCGACAGUGGAAUUGCUCUAUAUGACAACGAAAUAUCUGGUGUGCAUAAAAAAGGACUUCUCGAUAUUUAUGGAGAUUUCCCCUACGAUCUGGGAUCUAACAUCUACUACCUCGGAAACGGCAGUUAUAGAUGUCAUAAUGAAAUCAUUGACAGUAGCGACAUACUAAAUUAUUGUAAAUCACAUCAAAUUAAUGAAAUAGUUUUCACAGAAGAUGGAUUCCCUGCCAGUCUUUUUCAUUAUACGGUUCCAGAUAAACGAUCAGAUAGAAAGUUCCCUAUUGAUCUUGGAAAAGGUCUACGUUUCCUCGGACACGGUCAUUACGACUAUGAAAACAAAAUUUAUCCCUGUAGUAACAUCAUUGAUAUUGUCAAAAGCCUCAAUUUGAAUAUUUCACUUACUGACGAUGGCAUACCUGUAGAACUUAUUGAUGAAAAUGAGCUUUCCAGUUUUGAUAAUACUGCAAUAGAUCUUGGAGAAGGCCUCUUUUAUGACCAUGGAAAGUACACUUACAAAAAGGAAACAAUUCCCGCUGAUAAAAUUGUUGAAUUCUCUAAGAGCCUUAACUUGCAUAUAUCAUUUACAGAAGAUGGAUACCCUCAACUCCAUAAUGAUAAACAAACAGUACUUUCGCAUGAGAAUGAAAAGAGAGAAUGUCCCAAAGGACCGAUUGAUUUAGGGGAGGAAAUUGUUUAUAUCGGUGACUGUCAUUAUAUGUACCAAGAUCACGUAAUUCCUGCUAAAUAUAUACUUGGACUACUUGAUAUUCUACACAUACAUGAUAUACAGCUACCUGUAGGUCCUGAUGAUAACUUUACUAGUGAAGGAGAUUCUUAUGAUACAGACUCUAAAGAUGAUCACAUAUUAGAUUUAGGAUUUGAAGUAUUUUCUCUACGAAACGGAACGUACAAAUAUAAAAAUCGUUACAUACCAAGAGAAUGCUACGCUGAGUUUUUGAAAAUACUUGGGUUAAAAAUUCAAUCUGGAGAUUCAGAAAAACUUGUAGAAGAUAAUCAAAAAUCUGAUAGAAGUGAAGAAGAUAUCUUGGCUUUAAUUGAUGAACUAUUGAAGAAUAUUAAAACUACUGAAGCUCAGUCUACAUCAACGAAUGAUGAUAACACCUCUGAAGAAACCAAGAACAAUGAUGAUUCAAGUAACGAGGAACAAUUAAGAGACUUACAAAAAACAUCAAAUGAUGAUGACAACGGCUCAUCAUCGUUAACUGAUUCCGGUUACAGCACUUCAUCAUCAACAAUCAACAGCCAAUUAUCAACAUCCGACUCCUAUAAGAGCGAAUCAUCAUCAGAUGAUUCUUCCGAUAGUUCAUCAGCCUCUGAAGACAACAGUUACACAUCAACUUAUUCAUCUGACCGCUCUACUCAAUCAAAUAAUACAUCAUCAGUUACAUCUUCAGACAGUACCAGUGAAGACACUUCAUUAUCAACUAAUUCUUCUGAUAGUUCCUACAGCUCCGAUAAAAGCACUGUAACAUCAGAUACUUCUUCUGAUUAUUCAUCCGAGAAUUCGUCUAUAAGACGUUCUGUUGAAUCAUCUGCAACCAAUUCUUCUAGUGCUUCAUAUAGCUCCAAUGAUGCUACUACCAACUAUGAAAGAAAAACGACAGAUACAUCUUCUGGUGACUUAUCAAGCAUAGAGAGUAAGGAGUUUUCAGAAAAGAGUUCUGCUGACUCGUCUAGUUAUGACAACAGCACCUUCAGCUCAGAUAGCUCUACUAUUAACUCAUCUCACACAAAUGAUUCCUCCAGCUCAAACGAUAGCGACGCGACCUCAGAUAGUUCUUCUAAUGAAUCAUACAAUACAGAGAACAACGAUUCUUCAGAGAUCAGUUCUGAUGAUUCUAACAACAACUCGUCUUGA